UGCAUAUGGCGAUUUUUGUCAUGACGGUGGAACUUCGACGAAAAAACUAGCUGAAAUUUCCCUCUUAAAAUGGCAGAAAAUGAAGAAGGAAACAAGCGAAAAAGUGACGAGGAACUGGAUGUCAGCGAGAUUGCUCCAAAACGAGCGCGGCUAGAUGUGCAGGAUCUAAAGGACCUGUCGAAAGAAGACAUUUUGGAAAGGGUGAAGGAGUUGGUUGAUUAUGUUGAUGAGCUGGAAAAGAAGCAAAAUGGAGAACAAGCAAGUAAAGAACUUGCUGGGCUCUUGGAGACAGGAGAGAAGCUUAAACAACAGCAGCAAGAAUCCACAAGGCGUGAGAAUGUGUUAGUGAUGAGGCUGGCCACAAAGGAACAAGAAAUGCAAGACCUACUGACGCAAAUCCACGAUUUAAAACAAGCUCAAAAUCCAUCCUCGAUCCAGCUUCGCUCCACCCUACUUGAUCCCGCGGUUAAUUUGUUGUUUCAACGAAUGAAAACGGACUUGGACUCUGAAAAAGAGAAACUGGAACAAGCUCAGAACGACCUGAAUGCGUGGAAGUUUACCCCUGACAGUGUCACGGGAAAGAAACUGAUGGCAAAAUGCCGCAUGCUGAUUCAGGAAAACCAGGAGCUUGGUAGCAAGUUAUCUCAGGGAAGAGUGGCGCAACUGGAAGCUGAACUUGCUCUUCAGAAGAAAUACAGCGACGAGUUAAAAGGCAGUCAGGAUGAGUUGAAUGACUUCGUCAUCCAGUUAGAUGAGGAAGUUGAAGGCAUGCAGUCAACCAUCUUAACACUUCAGCAUCAAUUAAAAGACUGCAAACAGCUAUUAUCUCAAUCACAGGAGAACGUGAAGACUUACGAAGAUAAACUAAAGACCUCAGAAAAGUUGCUCGCUGAAAUGCGACAGCAAAACUCGCCUGUCAGCGUCAAGUUAGAGGACCAAGAUGAGCAUGUGCAAGCGCAGGCGCAAACGCAAGGGCAAACGCAGUCAUCGCAGGCGCAUUCUUGGACCGAUAGCGCUGAAUGCGCGACAGGCGAUACAACAUCCCCGGUUGCCGCGAAAAGCGAAGAAAGCAAAGAAAGCGAAGAAAGGAUACUGCUUAGCGCAUCAGUAACUGUCCCGGCUAUGAAACCCGCGAGCGUUCCCUCUGCGUUUUCUAUCAGCCAGUUAUUGGCAACUGACUCGAACCCUGGGAAGGAGAAUAAAACCGAGCAUGCGCAAGACAAUUUAGAGAACGGCGGGAGUAACCAUGAAAGCUCGCCAUCUGAACCUAUUGACAUGGGCGAGUCCCCUCUUGUCGCGGCAAUGGGAGUGGUGGAAAGAAUUGGGAGUGAGCCAAACACUUUCAAUGGGGAGGUGACGGGUUAAAUUGCGCUUUCCUAUCCCGUAUUACCCUCCAUUAGUCUAAGUUUUAGCCCCACCCCUACCCCACCCCAACAUUAGUAGACAGUCAUCGUUCAUCUUCUGAUGUGCAUAAAGGCGCAUGAGAAGCAGGUCUUUCUUAUAGGACGUUUUGAUGUCGUAAAUUAUUAAUAAAUAUGUCUUCUUUUUUGCAUCA